GGCGAGGAGCCGGGGGUCGGCGCCCCCAGCUCUCAGCCACACAUCAUCUUCAUCCUGGCUGAUGAUCAGGGCUUCAGAGACGUGGGGUACCACGGAUCCGAGAUCAGGACGCCCACCCUCGACCAGCUAGCUGCUGAAGGGGUUAAACUGGAGAACUAUUAUGUUCAGCCGAUGUGCACACCGUCCAGAAGUCAAUUUAUCACUGGAAAGUACCAGAUACACACCGGCCUCCAGCACUCCAUUAUACGGCCAACGCAGCCCAACUGCUUACCUCUGGAUAACGUCACGCUACCUCAGAAGCUGAAGGAGGUUGGUUAUUCGACGCACAUGGUUGGCAAAUGGCACUUGGGGUUUUAUCGCAGAGAAUGCAUGCCCACGCAGAGAGGGUUUGACACGUUCUUCGGCUCCCUCUUAGGCAGUGGCGACUAUUACACCCACUUCAAAUGUGACAGCCCUGGGAUAUGUGGCUAUGACCUGUAUGAGAAUGACAACGCAGCUUGGGAUCACGACAACGGCAUCUACUCCACACAGAUGUACACACAGAAAGUACAACAAAUCUUAGCUUCUCAUAACCCCAGGAGACCUAUAUUCCUCUAUAUUGCUUACCAAGCUGUUCAUUCGCCUUUGCAGGCACCAGGCAAGUAUUUUGAACAUUAUCGGUCGAUAAAUAACAUCAAUAGGCGAAGAUACGCUGCAAUGCUGGCUUGUUUAGAUGAAGCCAUAAACAACGUAACCCUUGCUUUAAAGCAGUAUGGCUACUAUGAGAAUAGCAUCAUCAUAUAUUCUUCAGAUAAUGGUGGGCAGCCAAUGGCUGGAGGAAGCAACUGGCCACUCCGAGGAAGCAAAGGGACCUAUUGGGAAGGAGGGAUCCGUGCUGUUGGGUUUGUCCAUAGUCCCCUUCUGAAAAACAAAGGGUCUGUUUGUAAGGAGCUUGUGCACAUCACAGACUGGUUCCCCACUUUGAUCACCCUGGCAGAAGGGCAGAUCGAUGAAGAUAUCCAGCUGGAUGGUUAUGAUAUAUGGGAAACCAUUAGUGAAGGCAGACGUUCUCCACGGGUAGACAUCCUGCACAACAUUGACCCAAUUUACACCAAAGCCAAAAAUGGGUCCUGGGCAGCUGGCUAUGGGAUCUGGAACACUGCGAUUCAGUCUGCCAUCAGAGUGAAUCAUUGGAAACUACUGACGGGAAAUCCAGGAUACAGCGACUGGGUACCUCCACAGGCCUUCAGUAACGCGGGCCCCAACCGCUGGCACAACGAACGCGUUUCUUGGUCAGCUGGCAAAACGGUGUGGCUCUUCAACAUCACCGCUGAUCCGUAUGAACGAGUGGACCUCUCUACAAGGUAUCCAGAUGUAGUGAAGCAGUUGCUGCGGAGGCUUUCACAGUUCAAUAAGACGGCAGUUCCCGUUCGAUACCCACCGAAGGACCCUCGGAGUAACCCAAAGCUGAAUGGAGGAGUCUGGGGUCCAUGGUUUAAGGAGGAUGAGAAGAAAAAGAAAGCUGAUAAAAGUAAAGGUGUGAAUAAGCAAAAGAAGAACAAGAACAAGAACAAGAAAAAAGCAAAUCAGAAGAAAGGACAAUCAUUACAUUGCCGUUCACGUCUUGCUGGUGGAUAG